CACUUCUUAACUUUUUUUAUCAUUUAAAUGAAAUUCAUAUUUACAUUCGAAACCAUAAAACCCUAAAUUUAUAACUUCUCAUUGGAGUCCUAAUCACAACACCCCAACGGGAGCUUCGAAGAAGUCUUCCCUUUGGUCCGUCUACGGGAAAUUCCACGCGGCGAAUAUGCUCAUUAAUUAAAAAAUAAAUAAAAACACGGCACGCGUGGCCGUUCACUGACGCGUGUCCUACACGGCGUACGCAAUUCCCAUACUACCCUCGUGUCGUUAUUAAGUAAAGCGGUUAAAUAAAGCGUAUUAACGUCUCUUCACAUUGAUUAAGGAUAACCCAAUGCUGCCAUGGCCCACUUCAGUCCACCACCCGGUCAACCGGUUAAGUAACGCACCGACCCGUAUCCAUGACCAUCUCGUUAGCUUAUAAAGUGCAGUGUUACCAGAGGCUGAUAGAACAGAGCGGAGAAGAAAUUGAGAAACUUACGGAGAAAUGGAUCCUCCCUCUAAUGACGGAAAAUCGCUUCGGAGCUACGCGCUCAGCGGCAAGAUCAUGCUCUGUGCUAUUGUGGUGCUCUUCACCGUCGUGCUCCUCAUCCUCUUUCUACACCUCUACGUCCGCUGGCAUGUCAUACGCAGAGCCUCACGUCGGGCUCGUCGCCGCCGGGCACUCGUCUUUGCUGGAGAGGGGCGGAUCCCGCCUCCUUGCGCGGUUAAUCGAGGCCUCGACCCCUCGAUUCUCGCAUCCUUCCCCGUUCUGCUGUUUUCGGACUACGCGGGGGAAGGCCGGGAUGAUGAAUUGGCGGAAUGUGCUGUGUGCUUGAACGAGUUCAAAGAUGGAGAGAAGAUCCGAUGCCUUCCCCGGUGUGCUCACCUCUUCCAUGUCGACUGUAUCGAUAUGUGGUUCUCCUCACACUCCACCUGCCCGCUUUGCCGCGCAGCUGUCGAGGUGGUGAAGGAUGCCGCGACGAUCACUUCUUCCGGUGCCGGGCCGGCGGUUGAUGCCAUUGAUGCAGCGGUGGAUUCGAACGGGAACGAGCUGUGCUCGUCCUGCGAGCGGGUGGAGGAGAUGGGUUCUUCCUCAUCGGAUUCCGGCUUCCGAGAUGUUAGGAUUGAGAUUCCAGCGAGUGGAGCUGAAAGUUCGAGCGGUCAAGAAGAGCAGCAGAUAAGUUCAGGGCUCGAAUCGCCGGAUGUGCAGCCAUUGAAAUCGGCGGGCAGCCGGAUGGUGCUAAUCCGGUGGCUUCUGAUGCGCGAUCCGCGGCUCUAUUGGGGAGGUGGUUCAGGAUCGGAGCUGGAUCUAGAGCGCGGCGAUGGGGAAUCGCCAUCGCCGCCGAUGACAACGGCAGCUGAUCCGACUCGUUAGUGCCGAUUUUGGCCUAAACGGAACCGGAAAGGGCCGAAACAGCAGCGGUAACGCGGCACUCUCAUAAAGUGCUCCUGUAAAGAUUCUCUUCAAUUUUAUUUGGAUUUUAAUAAGUUUCUUCCUUCUUUAUCUUAUCUGUUUUCGGGAUGGGAUUCAGCCGAAAGUGGCAGACUUGGAAAAGUUGAAGUUAUUAGGACCGUUUUAAUAAAGUUAAAAAAUAAUAUUUGGGCCUCUUUUGAA